GUCUUUACGUAGACGUCGGGGGCGGAGCCGUGCUGUGCGCGGUGACUGGCGGCUGCACUGGCGGCAGCUGGAGGUGUAAUAGUGCGGGUAGUGGGUUUGGAGAAGUUCCGAGACGGUGGUGGCGCCGGUGAGGACAAGGAUAGCGGAAGCGGUCCCUGGGCUUGUCGCUCACCAUGCCUACGGUGGAGGAGCUUUACCGCAAUUAUGGCAUCCUGGCCGAUGCCACGGAGCAAGUGGGCCAGCAUAAAGAUGCCUAUCAAGUGAUACUGGAUGGUGUGAAAGGUGGUACUAAGGAAAAACGAUUAGCAGCUCAGUUUAUUCCGAAAUUCUUUAAGCAUUUUCCAGAAUUGGCUGAUUCUGCUAUCAAUGCACAGUUAGACCUCUGUGAGGAUGAAGAUGUAUCUAUUCGACGUCAAGCAAUUAAAGAACUGCCUCAAUUUGCCACUGGAGAAAAUCUUCCUCGAGUGGCAGAUAUACUAACGCAACUUUUGCAGACAGAUGACUCUGCAGAAUUUAACCUAGUGAACAAUGCCCUAUUAAGUAUAUUUAAAAUGGAUGCAAAAGGGACUUUAGGUGGGUUGUUCAGCCAAAUACUUCAAGGAGAGGACAUUGUUAGAGAACGAGCAAUUAAAUUCCUUUCUACAAAACUUAAGACUUUACCAGAUGAAGUCUUAACAAAGGAAGUGGAAGAGCUUAUACUAACUGAAUCCAAAAAGGUCCUAGAAGAUGUGACUGGUGAAGAAUUUGUUCUAUUUAUGAAGAUACUGUCCGGGUUAAAAAGCUUACAGACAGUGAGUGGAAGACAGCAACUUGUGGAGUUGGUGGCUGAACAGGCCGACCUAGAACAGACCUUCAAUCCCUCGGAUCCUGACUGUGUGGACAGGCUCUUACAGUGCACUCGGCAGGCAGUACCCCUCUUCUCUAAAAAUGUCCAUUCCACAAGGUUUGUGACAUAUUUCUGUGAGCAGGUUCUCCCUAACCUUGGUACCUUGACUACCCCAGUGGAAGGUCUUGAUAUACAGUUGGAGGUAUUGAAAUUGUUGGCGGAGAUGAGUUCAUUUUGUGGUGACAUGGAAAAACUAGAAACAAAUUUAAGGAAACUAUUUGAUAAGUUAUUGGAAUACAUGCCCCUCCCUCCAGAAGAAGCAGAAAAUGGAGAGAAUGCUGGUAAUGAAGAACCCAAGCUACAGUUCAGUUAUGUGGAAUGUUUGUUGUACAGUUUUCACCAGUUGGGCCGAAAACUUCCAGAUUUCUUAACAGCCAAACUGAAUGCAGAAAAGCUCAAAGAUUUCAAAAUCAGGCUGCAGUACUUUGCACGGGGCCUGCAAGUUUAUAUCAGACAACUUCGCUUAGCUCUCCAGGGUAAAACGGGUGAGGCCUUAAAAACAGAAGAGAACAAGAUUAAAGUCGUUGCAUUGAAAAUAACAAACAAUAUCAAUGUUUUAAUCAAGGAUCUCUUCCACAUUCCUCCUUCUUAUAAGAGCACAGUAACACUAUCCUGGAAACCUGUACAAAAGGUUGAGAUUGGGCAAAAGAGAGCCAGUGAAGAUACAACUUCAGGUUCACCACCCAAGAAAUCUUCAGCAGGACCAAAAAGAGAUGCCAGGCAGAUUUAUAACCCUCCCAGUGGGAAAUAUAGCAGCAAUUUGGGCAACUUUAAUUAUGAGCAGAGAGGAGCCUUCAGGGGAAGUAGAGGUGGCCGAGGUUGGGGCACACGAGGAAAUCGUAGUCGGGGAAGACUCUACUGAAUAAGACGUCAGCAUUCUUCAGCAUUGUCAUGAGCUUAAUAUACUUAAAUUCUACUACUCAUUGGAUUGCCGGGGAUGUCCCUUUAAACAGACUGCUGCCUUCAGCUAAAAACUUAAUGUUCUUUAUACCUUUGUAUGUAUGACCUACUUUUGUAACAGACCAUGGUUGUGUCCAAGGUAAAACCACAGUGAUAUUUUUGGAUGCUUUGUCUGCAGUUUUGACUUGUUUUUGCAAUAUCAUUAUUCAGACUUCAAAUUGUGAAUCUUUUAAACAUCUUGAUAAUUUGUUGAGAGCUGUUCAUUCUAAAAUGUAAUGAAAUUCAGUCUAGUUCUGCUGAUAAAGAUCAUCAGUUUUGAAAGGUUACUGAUUUUCCUCUUCCCUCUUAGUUUUUUGCCCAAUAUAUGGAGAAGAGUAAUGGUCAAUCUUAACAUUUUGUUUUAAUUGUUUAAUAAAGCUGCUGGGCAGUGGUGCAGCAUUCCUACCUAGUGUCAUAAAAGCAAAAUACAUAGUCUUCUUAAAAUAUAGGAAUGACAUUACAUUUUUAGGAGAAAGUAAGUUGCUUUGCACCGCUUACUUAAUUCUUUUCCAUAUAUUGUGAUACAAACUUUUGAAUAUGGAAUCUUACUAUUUGAAUAGAAAUGUGUAUGUAUAAUAUACAUACAUACAUAAGCAUAUGUGUGUGUGUGUGUGUGUAUAUAUAUAUAUGCAUGCUGUGAGACUUGACUACACAACAUAAAUCACUUUUUAAAUUCCAGGAACGGGUAGUCUGACACAGUGAUUAUCCUUUUGAGGCUGAAUCCGUUAUUAACUUGUUAUUUAGGUUUUUACUCCCAGUAGCAAGGGAUUCUAAGUCAGUUGCACUUAUGUGAUUAUUGUUAUUUAAAACUAAAAAUAAAGGCUGCAUUUUCAAAGAUAAAUUGGAAUUGCUAUUGGUAUAUAACAACCAAAUAACAACCAAAAUACUGAAUCUGAUGUACAUAUAGGUUUCUACAGGAAGAGAUAGUAUAAUUUAGAAUUUGGAGAUUUAAUAACCAGGGCUACCCAGAAAAAGUGACUUGAUAACAUGGUACCAAUAAGUAAGGGAUGCUCUCUUGGUUUGCUUUUGCCACUUUCAAGAUUUUAACUUCUCAGGUUAUUAAUCAAAAUUAUUGUAUAAGUUAGCCUAUAGAAUUUUUAGGUUAAAACAACAGAUGGGGGGUUUGUGGAGUGUUUAAUGUCAUGGGCAUUUUUAGUAGCAUAGACCCUUUGUUCUGCAUUUGAAUGUUUCGUAUAUUUUUGUUUCACAGUUAAUCUUCCCUCCCCAAGUUUGCUAUUCAAAUCAGCUGCCUGAAUGACAUUUCUAGUAGUCUGAUGUAUUUUUUUGAGGAAUAGUUUGUGAUUCCAAUGCAGGUGUCUUCAUUACCAUCACCUCUACACUGCAGAAGAAGCAAAACUCCUUUAUUAGAAUUACUGCACAUGUGUAUGGGGAAAAUAGUUCUGAAAGGCUAGAAUGAUACAAGUGAGCAAAAGUUGGUCAGCUUGGCUAUGGAGUGGUGGCAAUAAUCUCUAAACAUUCCAAAAGACCAUGAGCUGAACCUAAACUCCCCUGGAAUCUGAACAAAGGAAUAUAAAAUUGCCAUUUGAAAACUGACCAGCUAAUCUGGACCUCAGAGACAGAUCAGCCAGUGGCCCAAAGACAUUUCAAGUACAGAAAUUAUAUUGAGACUACAGCUAAAUAAAUUUGAACAUUAAAUAUAAUUUUACCACUUUUUAUAAGCAUAUUUGUAAACUCAAAACUGAGCAGAAGUGACUUUACUUUCUCAUGUUUGAUACUGAGUUGACUGUUCCCUCAUCCCUCACCCUUCCCCUUCCCUUUCCUAAGGCAAUAGUGCACAACUUAGGUUAUUUUUGCUUCCAAAUUUGAAUGAAAAACUUAAUGCCAUGGAUUUUUUUCUUUUGCAAGACACCUGUUUAUCAUCUUGUUUAAAUGUAAAUGUCCCCUUAUGCUUUUGAAAUAAAUUUCCUUUUGUAA